UUCGCAAUUUUCUCGUCGACCGUCAACUUUUCUUGAUGGUUCAAUUGUUUCUACUCCCACCAAUACAUCAAAAGAAUCAUUACUAUAUCGUAUGCCUGGUGCUUAUAUAGGUAGUGUUUCGGACGACGGUAUUGAUACUUGGAAAG